AUGCUACUGCACGCAACUUUUUGUCUAAUCCUCUCGGUCUUGCUAUUUCCAAAUAGUUCUGCGAUUUCAAGUCCAAUACAACCAUAUACUAGCUACAGAUAUUCGACUGAACUACAGAGCAAUGUGGCUGAUCUUUGGUGGACAGUGAAUGAAACUAAACAGGAGAUCAUAUUUGAAUUGCAUAUGAAAACAACAGGAUGGAUUGCUUUGGGUAUUAGUCCAGCUGGCGGAAUGAAAGGUGCUGAUAUUGGUCUCGGAUGGGUUGAUCAAAAAGGUCAAGUACAUUUUCAAGAUCGAUAUGCAAAAAACUACACACGACCAAUAGUCGACACGACAACCAGUGAUUGGUUUGGUUUACAAGGCCGUGAAGAAAACGGCUGGACAGCAAUUCAAUUCAAACGUUUACUGGACACCUGCGACACAAUGGAUGUUCCAAUAAAAUCUGGCACGAAUAUUCUUAUUUUUGCAUACGGUCUAGAAGAUCCGGACAUGUCUGAACCCCAGGGUAUCAUCUAUUAUCAUGACAAUCGACGCGGUUCACGUAUCAUACCAUUACGAUCGUACGGCAAUCCUUCACCCGAAGAUAAAUUUGCCGGUUUAGAUUAUUUCGACUUUCAAUUAAAUAAUUACAAUGUUCCAGUAGAUAGUACAACCUAUCACUGCAAAGUAUACAAGGUGCCAAGUAAUCUGACCGAACGACGACAUGCUAUUGCUCAUAAGACGAUCAUUGGCGAAGGCAACAUCGAUAUCGUUCAUCAUCUCUUGAUGUAUGAAUGCAAUCCUACGGCUGUAUUCGAUGACAAUAAUUUACCAGAUGGUCUCUGCGAUGCUAUAUAUCAGCAAUUGACCGAAUGCUCGGCAAAUAUUGCAACAGGCUGGGCUGUCGGUGGUGAUCACAUUGUCGAAUUUCCUGAAAUUGCCGGUUAUCCAGUUGGAGGGGAUUUCGAAAUCAAAUAUUACAUGAUUCAAAUGCACUACGAUAAUCCAAAACAAUUGUCAAAUCGUCGAGAUAAUUCCGGCAUUCGAUUUUACCUCGGAAAGGAACUCCGUCAAGAAGAACUCGGAUAUCUUACUCUUGGUGCAGAUUCAACACCUGUUAGUAUUGCUAUUCCACCACGUAGCGAUCGAUUUGUUAUUGAUUCUUAUUGCACAGCGAGUGCAACGAAAGUCAUUCCUAAAUCGGGAAUUACUGUUACUACUGCAUUUCCACAUACACAUUUGCAAGGUCGUACUGUGUGGACAAAGAUCAUUCGAAAUGGAACAGCGGUGGAUUAUUUAUUCAAUGGCGAUGCUUAUGACUUUAAUUAUCAAUUCGAAAAUCGUCUUCCAAAACCUGUUAAACUGUAUCCCGGCGAUGAGUUAGCUACACGGUGCGUUUAUAAUACAAUGGAUAAGAAUCAAACGACCACAGGUGGAGAAAGAACACAAGAUGAAAUGUGUCUACAUAUGUUCACUUAUUAUCCACGAAUGAAGAAUAUGUAUGGUUGCAUGAUGCUAAUUCCAGACGCAAUAUGGGCACAAAAGAUGAAUAUUAGCCAGGAGUCGUUUGAUUAUCUAAAACUUAAAAAGUGGCUAGUGGACUUGCAAUGGACACCAGAAUCCGUAUUGCAAUGGCAAGAAUUCUACAACGAUGCUUCACGACUUCUUUUGUCUGGCAGGGCAGGUAAUUUCACCAUCGAUCUUCUACCAAGACUACCAACAUACAAAGACUUACAACCAGCAGAAUGUAAAAGCGAUGCGCGUCCGAAUACGGCUGCUCAUCAGCAUGCAUUUACCACUUUUACUCUUAUUCCAUUCUUCAUUAUAUUCGCCAUGAACAUGUUUGCAAGAAAAUAA